CCUCUCUGGUGCUUGGUCACUGUGCGGGUGGCUGAACCGAGGCCAAGAUGGCGGAGCUGGAGGGUCUUGAGUUCGGCAAGUCGGACUUUGUUCUGCUGGACGAGGUGACCAUGGAGCAGUUUCUGGAGAACCUGAAGUUGAGGUUUGAGAAAGGCCGAAUCUACACCUUCAUUGGAGAGGUGGUGGUCUCCAUGAACCCGUACAGGCAGCUGGACAUCUACGGGAAAGACAGUAUUGACGCGUACCGAGGCCGGGAGCUGUACGAAAACCCCCCUCACCUGUUCGCCGUGUCGGACGCUGCCUACAAGGCCAUGAAGAGGCGGGCCAAGGACACUUGCAUCGUCAUUUCAGGUGAAAGUGGAUCGGGGAAAACAGAAGCCAGCAAAUACAUCAUGCAGUACAUCGCCGCCAUCACAAACCCAACCCAGCGUUCGGGGGUGGAGAAUGUGACCAAUGUCCUGCUCAAGUCCAACUGUGUGCUCGAGGCCUUCGGGAACGCCAAGACAAAUCGCAACGACAACUCCAGUCGCUUCGGCAAGUACAUGGACAUCGACUUUAACUUCAACGGUGACCCCACCGGUGGACACAUCAACAACUACCUGCUGGAGAAGUCCAGAGUUGUCCAGCAGCAGGACGGUGAGAGGAACUUCCACUCCUUCUACCAGUUGUUACGUGGCAGCUCUGAUGACCUGCUGGAGUCGCUGCACCUGCAGAGGGACCCCAGCAUGUACUCCUACACUCAGGAGGGAGCGGCCAUUACUACUUCGAACAGCGAUCGCUCAAACAGCAAAGCAGUGAAAAGUGCGCUGGAAGUCAUUGGCUUUUCCAAGGAAGAGAUUCUGUCCAUUUAUCAGAUCCUCGCUGCCAUCUUGUUAUUGGGCAACAUGAAUUUUGAAACCGACGGCGAAAGCGUUGAGAUUGUGGACCUGGAUCUUGUCCAAAAGAUCUCCGGGUUGAUCGCCACCGGGGCCGACUCGGUCCACAAGAGCCUGCUGUACCGCACCGUGGCCACCGGCGGAGGUGAAGUCAUCGAGAAAGGUCACACAGUGGAGGACGCACGUUUUGGACGCGACGCUUUUGCAAAGGUGCUGGAUGCUCUCUAUGACAGACUGUUCGGGUGGAUCGUGAGCCGGAUCAACAAUGUAAUCGAAGUCAAGGAUUACGACCCGGUGCGCCACGGGAAAAACACUGUCAUUGGGGUGCUGGAUAUUUACGGCUUUGAGAUAUUUGACAACAACAGUUUCGAGCAGUUCUGCAUCAACUACUGCAACGAAAAGCUGCAGCAACUGUUCAUCGAGCUGAUCCUUCGUCAGGAGCAGAGCGAGUACAACAGAGAGGGCAUCCCCUGGCAACAUAUAGAUUACUUCAACAACCAGAUCAUCGUGGACCUGGUGGAGCAGCCGCACAAAGGGAUCAUCUCCAUCCUGGACGAGGCUUGUCUGAGCGUCGGGAAAGUCACUGACACCGUUUGUCUGGGCAGCAUGGACACCAAGCUCGCUGCUCACCCUCACUACACGUCCCGCAAGCUGAACCCCAGUGACAAAACCAUGGACUUCCAGAAACACUUCCGUAUCCUCCAUUAUGCCGGCGCUGUCACGUAUUCUGUCGAGGGAUUCCUGGAGAAAAACAAGGACCUGCUUUUUCAGGACUUUAAGCGCCUGAUGUACAACAGUGACAACCCAGUUCUGAAGCAAAUGUGGCCGGACGGGGAGCUCAGCAUCACCGAGGUCACCAAGCGACCACUGACGGCCGCCACGCUCUUCAAAAACUCUAUUGUGGCUCUGGUGGAGAAUCUGGCCUGCAAGGAGCCGUACUACGUUCGCUGCAUAAAGCCCAACGAGGAAAAAUCUCCGCUGCUGUUUGACGAAGCACGCUGCGAGCACCAGGUGGCCUACCUGGGUCUGCUGGAGAACGUCAUGGUGCGCAGGGCUGGAUUCGCCUACAGGCAGCUCUACAGCCGCUUCUUGCAGAGGUAUAAAAUGACCUGCGAGUACACCUGGCCCAACCACAUGAUGUCCUCCGACCGGGAGGCUGUGGAGGCCAUCGUCAUCCAGCAUGGCUUCCAGGAGGACGUGAUGUACGGCCACACCAAGCUGUUUGUGCGGACUCCGCGGUCACUUUUCACUUUGGAGCAGGAGAGAGCCACUCUCUUCCCCAUCCUGGUGCUGCUCCUGCAGAAGGUGUGGCGUGGAACGCUAGCGCGCAAGAGAUGCAAGCAAAUGAGAGCCAUCUACACCAUCAUGGGCUGCUACAAGCGCUUCAAGGUCAAGGCCUACUUCUGGGAGGUGGAGCUCAGGUUCGCCAACGUCAGAGCGAUGGUCGACUGUGGCAAGAGUGUGGAAUGGCCGACUCCAAACGCUGCUCUGGCUGAGUUCCACAACAUCACCGUGCUGCUGCACCGCAGGUGGUGGGCGAGGCAGAUUGUCAAGAAGAUUCCGCCAUCUGACAUACUGGAGGUACGAGCCAAAGUGGCAGCUCUGACCUCGCUGAGUGGCGAGAGGAAGGACUGGGGCUCGAGCAGAGCCUGGGAGAGAGACUACCUGGCGAGCAUCCGGGACUGUCCUCAGACCAGUUCCAUAUUCAUUCACAUGUCCAAAGAGCUGCGUAACCGAGAUCAGUUCAGUCUGGUCCUCUUCUCCUGCUUCUGUCGAAAGGUAAACAGAUUUAACAAAGCGUCGGACCGGGGUCUGCUUGUAACAGACAAGUACGUCUACAAAUUGGAUCCCAGGAAGCAGUUCAAGGUUCUGAAGAGGCUUCCGAUGGACACGUUCACCGGAAUCAGCUUGACCAGUGGAAGUGACCAGAUGGUGGCGCUACACACAUCCACGAACGAUGACGUCCUCCUCUGCCUGCAGCCGGGUCACAUGAACCCCAACAAGGACCGAGUGGGAGAGCUGGUGGGGACGUUGGUGGACCACUUCACACGCGUCCGAAAAUCGCAGUUCGAUGUGAAGGUCUGCCGUAACACUGUUCAGCUGAACAUGCGAGGGAAACCCAAGAGAGUCACCAUGGACACCAAACCAGGUCUAACCAGCACCGACUUCAAGAAGAGCAAAGACGGAUUUGUCCUGCUGAUCCCUGCGAGCUGAAGAUCGUCUUUUUUCCCAGACCAGCUUUCACCCAAAAUCAAAAGCGUCAUCAUCCGUCCCCCUGGUAUUCCUGGACCCCUGACCCUCUGUCUCUUGUGACUCAUGCUACCGCCCUGAAGCCUGUUUCUUGGUCGUGUGAGCACACAGCAACCUCGUGGCUCAGCUACAAUGCCUAGGGCUUUCCCUCCAACACAACAACACAGGUUGGCCCACCUUUUCAUCCUCACACGGGAAAUUCAGCGGACUACAUUAACAGUCUUUACACCUGCGCCGUUCUACGACAAAGCAGAAAAUGAUGAGUCAACAUUAAGCACAAGUAAACACUAGCUGUGUUUGUGCUCCAGCUGAAGCAUAUCGCCCACAGUAGAGGGUCUGACCUGGCCGAGGGCCUCCUUCUCCUGCUUCGUCACUGCAACAUAAAUGACUCCAAAACCCUUGUGGAUUCUGUGAGUCAGCAACUCCACCCUUACUUCCUCUCCAUGUCAUUUGCAUCUAGAUGUCUGAGCUUCUUUAUCCAUCACUGUCUGUCCUCUGGAGAAAUCCCCAUCCAUGUCCUCUUCAUCAACAGCUUCCUCUGAAAUAUACCUAAAUUAUUCCAAGAAAAUAGCGCCCCCUGCUCUCCCACAGUCUGUAUUAUUGUAGGUCUAACAGCACAUCUGAUUUAAGACCAAGCAAAUGCCCCUCACUAGCACUUUCUUACCCGUCACACCAACCAUUGGUCCAAACCACAGCGCACCUACCUCAGACUGUUGCACCCCAUUUCUCAAACUCCAACCUCCUUGGUCUAAAACCGCAACCUUCAAAUCCCAAACUUCCAAACUGCUUUAAGCCUUAGAACAGAAGGUCACCUUUUUUGGGUCCAGUUUAAGGUCGGCCCCUUUGGUGAUGUCCAAAAAUAUACAGAGGUUAGUUGGUGCCCUCAAGUUCCCUUUAGGUGUGUUUGAGUGGUUGUCUAUGUCUGCCAACCAUCUGUCAACCUGUCCAGGGUGUCCCUCACCUCUUGCGUCAUUGCUGCCUGCGCUCAGCAUGGCUCUUCUCCAAGUCAUGAUAAGAUAAGCCCUGCAACCUCCCUCAUGUUUCGCGCCGGCCCUGUUUACGUCCCUGAACUCAGAUGGAAAUAAACCACGUCUCCCAUCUCUCUGAUUCCCAAGGAACACAGCAAAAAAAACAAAAAAAACUAGCCCAUUCACCCAGCAGCGUCGCCGUAAUCUCCCGUCAUGUGACCUCCCCCUUCCCUCGGGCCGAUAACGGCGCACCGCUGGAAAACCCAUGGCCCUCACCAAACCGCCGGUGGCCGGCCUGAGAGGAUUUGGAGGAAAAACACGUCUCUGGGAAGCAUAUUAUAUUCCCACUGCUAAAUCCUCUCCAACACAUCACCAAAUCCUUACUGCGGGUCGCUAAUCUCUAAAGAGGAGCAGAGCAGGUGCCGGUCCCUCUGUAAUGGAAUUGAAUUUUAAGUAAAUGAAUCCAGUUUACAUUCCUGACGACUGAAAUCAAAAGCAGAGGAGGACUUUUGAUCCGUACGGACCUUUUCAGAACCAUUCUCUGAUCUUUCUGGGUUUCAUUUUUCACCGACUAGUGAAGCUGGCAAUGGAACGUUCGUGGAGCUGAGCCAGACGUUCUCUGAUCAGUGCACCAGUAGUCACGAAAACGUACACUUGAACUCAAACAUGUUCUAGUUGGAUUCGCUUCAAAUAAGAGUUUCUUAAGUUUUGGCCUUGAAUGAGAACGUGAUUAGUGAGUGAACCAUCUGUUUCCUUGGGCAGGAAGUUGCCAGGAGGCUUCAACACUCUGAGGUUUCGGGAUCAGAGCUGGGACGACCCGGGCGCUUGGAUUUAAAGUCACUCUUCGCUCUUACAAAAGCAUCACUACUCUCAGUUCGCAAUACCUUUUGUUGUCGUUGUUAUUGGGGUUCAUUUUCAAUCAUAACUUCAUAAAUCAUUUGGAUAUAUUUCAUAAAUGAGGGGGUAAAUAUUGCAGACAGAAUUUUCAAGCACCAUUUCUAAAGCUCCGCACCCGCACUUUGUCUGAAAGCUCUCUCGUUUCUUUGUUGUUGUUUUUUCAGCUGUGAAUCCCACAACACGUUUAAUCCCAGUGGGCAGAUAAAAACCUGAGAACAGACACUGGCUCUUUCAGGAAAACGUCUAUUGACUUGUGACACUGGGUGGAAAGUGGAGUUGAUUUGUGUUGUAGAAAGACUCCAGAGAGAGUCAGAACAGAUUGAUUCAGGACGUUGGCCAUCUGCAGAUCUGGCUCCUCCCCUCUUUGCUUCAUGACCCCGGCUCUCAAUGUCCACUACCAAUGACCCCGUCUCCGACCACAGCCAUAUGGUUCUGUUUCCUCCAGUGGGUCAAAGUUAAACUUUGCGCCCCAUAUCUCCAUGACCAAUGACCACGCACUUCAUGACUGUUCCUGAUGGAGGCACCUGCUCCUGGCUAUUCCUUUCCAAGUCCAAAAGCCCCUGGCUUAAGGGCCAAGAUGCACGGGGCCAAAUGUUGGAAAGAAUGGCCAACAGUCUGUCAAACAUUUGAUUUACUGUUUCAUGAAAACAAUGAUUCCCUUAAAGGACACCACCAAAAUAUUGUCUAUAUCUGAAGCGCCAAGAAAAACCUCAUUCCUUAGUUCAACAAAAAAGCGGAAGACCAAUUGGAAAGGCUUGCUUCUUAAUGGAGGGACAGGAAACAGCUGUCAGAACUGCAGAAUUAGCCCCUUUGUUUAGCAACAGAUGUGUGCGGCAUGAAAGCCGUUUCCUUGAAAAUCUUAAAUUUAAAAAUGUGUAUUUCACAUUUUUUUCUUGUCAGAGGCUGUGAGCUGUGACAAAUGUGGUCAAGGGCCACAAAUGGCACCUGGGCUUGACUUUGGACACCCCUCACUUGAAUUAAAAAAUCUAUUUCUAAAGCAGGGUUUCAAACAUGUGGCUCGGGGCCAUUUGCAGCCCUCAGGAUGCAGUUUUGAUGCCCGGCCCCUGGAUGCUGAGUUUUAGUUGCAGUGUGGCCUCCACACUCUAUCAGAAAAUUCCAAUCGAUGACAUUCAGGCCUUACCUAGGGAUCCUGGACUUCCAGGGGGCUCAUGGUUCCACUGUUACUUUUCUAUUGAUGUUUACCGGACCUUGUGUGACAGGGGACAAUCGCAGGGGACAAUUGCACCUUCAUUUCGCUGCAAAACCAUGUGAUGCAUGUUAGUGGAUUGUGUUGAAAUUUUUACUUUGACUCAUUGAUCAGCUCUGAGCUGAGGUCCCGUUGGGCAGCCCGAGCUUCUGAUGACCAUCAAAGUAGGUUGUAAGCAAGAAGGCUGCUCUUUUCCUCCCAUUCACAGUCCCAGUAUGUCUGUCUUGUCUGCGCUCUUGCCCACAAAGAGCUCAACUAACAUCCUUAGUCAGUGUCUGUUGUGCGCACCAGGUCUGUCAAACACCUGCCAGCUGUGGUCAAAUCACUGAGAAUCUUUUGUGGCUAGGGAAGAAAUUCUGUUCAAGUCUUUUUUCUAUUCAAAGUCUAAGUUGAAAUAUUAAGUCAUAUAAUGGUGACACAAAUGUCGUGUAACUUGUUCUCAUAAGUUGUUCUGGAUAUGUUUACACUUAGUGUGUGUCUCUUAUUUAGCAUUCAUUUAUCUCAUCUUAAAAUCACAUAUGUUCUGCUAUUUUUAUGCUUAAAUUUUGCAUUUUAUACAUAUUUUUGGGCUUUCAAAAGUUACAUUUUAGCUGGACUGAUGCAAUAAUUUGGUUUUCAUCAUGUAACCGUAGUCAUUGUGAUGCUAGUAGUCGGAGGGAACCAUUGAAAAACGGGAUGGUGUUGAUCACUUGAAAAACGGCAUGUUUUUAUUCGCCUCCUGAAGUGUCGCAGUUCUAGUAGACUCAAGGCGUCUGUGAGUUGGAUUGGUUUUGGCAGUCAGUGGAGGUCAAUACUUAAAAUCACUGAAGCUCUUCCACAGUAAGCAAAAGAACCAUCUGCCUGCGUGUCAGCGCCUUUUUACAUUCAACAUAAACUCAACACUGGAGCGAGACGGAGCGCUGACCACAACACAAACCUUCCAUUCAACACUUUUAUUAAAUAAACAAGCUCAUAAUGAAAAAUCAAGACUUCAAGUUUCAACAACAGUGGACCUUUUGUGCUUCACACUUGUGGCUUUACAAAAGUCAAAAGGAAAAGAAGUUCACAUUUUUUCACUUAAAUGUUCGAAGCGACAGCCGUCGAACCAACGUCACACUGGACGUGUUGCGUGCGUCGUACACCGAGAUAACAUCCAGUGAGAAAAAAAAACCAAAACCUUACCAGUAAAAAUGAUGAAAGAAAAAAGCACUACAGCUGUUACACUUCCCAACUGGCAACCAUGCUACAAGACAGCAACGUUUGUGUUCAUCAUGACAGAUGUUUGUUCAAACACCAGCAUAUAUUUAUAUAUACACACGCCUUGUUGGGCUGAUGCUACGUCCACGCGACCAUGGUUUCUACAGUGGAGUUCAUUUCUGUUCUGUUGGAUUUAAAGUGUCUACGAGCAGCAUGCCCCAACCCCCAAAACAGUCCUGUUAUUUGGGCAAAAAUCAGGAGCUAAACUUAUUUUUCUUGUUAACGUAAUUAUUUAAUUUAACUCCGAAUAAGAAAUCAGUAGUGUGGCGUCACUCUUAUAGCAGCAGAAAGGACUCGACACAACUCACAGAGCUGCGCCGACCAAGCAAAAAAAAAGGAACUCACCAAAUGUUAGCUUAGCGUAACAAAAUCUCACAAAAUCUCUUCAGCCUCUUGCUGAAGCCAGUCCUCGGGAUGGGUGACCAGCAGGUUCAGUCACCCACAGAGUCCAUUAAAAUCAUUAAAGCUCGGGAACAUGUCGACAAGGUUGGUGCCGCUUGUUUGUUUGUUUUUUUCAUUUUAGCUUGACAAACAGUGCACUUUGAUUGCAUGAUAACCGCCAGCAUUUUCCUCACAGAUGACAGUGGAAGGUUCACACAAAAGUGGCCAAACCCAAGUGUUCCACCGUGGAACUGGGCCGUGAUGAUAGAAAGUUGGGAACAGGUUUGUAAACACAAAACAUUGUAUCCUACCUCUUCAUGAUUAUUGUAAGCAAAUAGUGAAAGGAGACUGAUGCUGAAAGAAGGCAUGAGCAGAACCACGGUCCAUUUCUUGAAAAGGUUCUGCUUCUUAGACCACAAUUUAGCAACCUCCUUCACUGGCUUCUUUAUGUUUGGACGAAUGACACCGAAUUAUUGCCUGAAUCCGAGAAGUCUUGUGACCAUCCUCGUAAUGACAAUGGCCGCGGGGCGUGGCGUGUCAAAUUUAAUGAAACAGUCAUCGUACAACAGCUGAGUGUGCGUAGAAAUGGGGACGGAAAGGGGGAUGGGGAUAGUGUGAGUCAAGACACAAGCGUCCUUGUCAGAGCGCUGCUGGCGCCGGCCCGGACAGGAGAGCCGCAGUGACCUCAACAAUGGGCGGCUAGAUGGCCGCUGGUAGGGGCUGAAAAAAGAGCGACUGUGAGCGUGAAUUUGCUCUGUGGUGUGUUGGCUCAUGUGAGAUCCCUCAGGCAGAGAGGAGGACAGGCGUGACUCCACACAGAGACUUAGAAAUGAGAAGCCAGACUGUGAAAGUGUGCGGAUCUCCUCAAACUGCUGAUUUGAUUUGGAGCUUAGGUUCUGCUGAAACAGACUGUUUUAAGAGCGGAGCUACUACCAUCACCGCAAAGAGGGACAGAUGGAGAGAGAGAGUGGAUUGGAGCAUCCACCUACUGGUCUGCGUACGAUUAUGAAAAUUGACAAAGGCUUCGUGAAGAUAAAGCGUUCAUUUUUUAAAUGAAAUGUUGAGCAGGCGAUGGAAUCUGACCUGCUCAUGAUGUCAAAGUUGAUCCUCAUAAGAGGUAUUGUUUUAAGUCUGACUACUUUAUGCAAGGUCAGCAAAUGUUGCCCCCAAAACACCUCAGUGGAUGGAACCACGAGGAAAGAAACGCAACAGUGCCUUAUUCCGUCAGUAACAAUGAGGCGAACGUGGUGGUUUGUGAUCCGGCGCAGGGCCUGGAUUAGCCUCCAGUCUCUGCCUAGUGGACAAGAGGGGGCAGUGGUGGACAACAGAGGGAGGGGCAGCGGUAAUCUGUUAAUCUCAUUAAUGGCACGGCUGUGUGUGCCCUGUCAACAAGAGGCAGGGAACAAAGGACGGGUCAAACAGCUGAUGAACCUGGACGCGUGCACAAUACCGGCCCACAUUUAGUUCACACGCAUGAAAACGCAUUCAAGUGAAAUCUGAACGUGGAAACAGUCCUCUGGAAGGGAAGGGACAAAAGCGCCAACUGUCCCCGCGGAUCUGAUGACCCCAAAAUAACUGUGAGGGUUUGUUUCACUUUGCUCACUGCACUCACUUCUCAGCUGCGCCCAUCACUCGGACGACUCGUCCGUGUCGUGGGGAGGGGCUUCACCAGGCGAGGGAGUGAGGGUGUCACUCCUACUGUCCAAAUCUCAGGUAGAUCAAUGGUAGUUUUAUUUUGGUGAGUCCAAAAACAGGCCCUGAUGUAUGAAGAGGAGAACUGGAGGAUUGUUGUGCAGAUCCAGAUGGGCAGCUGGGACAACUGCAACUAGACACAUGGGGCCAGGAUGGGACAGGUGGGCCAAAUGUCCAACCCAAACAAAAGUGCAAAGAUUUGUUCUGGAAACGUUGCUCUUGCUUGCUCACUUAAAAUGGCAACAGAUGCGCUAGAGAACGUUGGAAGGUUUGAACAAGACGGCGAAUACUUGACAUUUGAAAUGAGCGUUACUCAUCGAUGGUUUAUCCUAUUGAGAAAGUAGCCAAACCAAGCCCCAGCUCUUCUGCAGGAGGACCACCGAAACAGACCGGAUUCACCUGCACGAGACGUGGGCAUCUUGCAGCCAUAACCCCUGAACAAUUGGUGCAGUUUAAAAAAAAAAAGUUGCAAGUCAAUGUCCCUUGCUUAAACCUUCCACUGUAUAGCGACCAGAGGAAACGUACACACACUCAGCGAAUGGUCCUUAAACGUACAAAAAGGCAUGUCUGCUUCAAAGUCACCGGUCCAGCACUCGGCUAUAGUCUUGGGGACUACAGACUCCUUCGCUCUUGAGCUCCGCGAAUACUUGCGUGAAGAAGUGCGGGUCGGCAUUGAUGCGCAGCAUCUUUGCGCUGGUGGCGUUGAUGAUGGCCAGGCAGCGGUCCCAGAAGGCAUCCUUGCCUGCUUCCACCAGGAAAGGCUUGAGCGGGUACGAGAUCUCAUUGCCCAUGUAGGAGUAGGACAGGUAGAGGCAUGUCAGCAGGAUGGCCUGCAGUUCGUGCUCCGAGGCCACCAGGUCGCCGUCCACCACGUCCCGGCACAGCAUGUAGACGAAGACGACGUUGGCCGGCGUCACGAAGGCUUGGUCCUGCCAGCCCUGCAGCAGCAGCGAGCGGUCCACAGCGCGCAGCCACAGGACCGGAUCAGCGGGGGAGAGGUGCUUGAGGCGAUAACACCGGCAACACAGGAACUCCCCCAAGCAGCGGAGGAGUUCACUCGUCGACGCUUGCACGAUCACUCGCUUCGGGGACGAUGGCAGGGUCCCCUGGGGGACCUUUUUCACAGAAGAAACCUGCUGAGUCUUAGUGUAGCCGUAUCCAAGACCCUGGUUCAACCCAAGGCCGUAGCCUAGACCCAGACCUGCUGGGCACUCGUAACUAGACAGGUUGGCACACGAUAGAGACUUUUUCACAUUUUCACGGUUGAGGUGGAGCACAGGGUCUUUAUGGUAGAUGUGGUUGUUAUUGAGAGGGUCAGCGAGGAGCACUGGGCCUGGAGGAGCUUUCUUGGAUUGGCUCUUCUUCUUCGUGGAGGCCACCAGCUUCUUCCAUGUGAGCGCCGGGAGGAAGAUGGACUGUCCUCUCUUCAGGCCGCGGUCCUUCUGAGUGUUCAGAGAGCGACUGCUGUAGCUCGGGUAGUGGCUGAGGGAUCCCGGCCUGGUGUCGUAGUAGCCCGACUUCCUCGAGUCAGGUGACAAAGACAGCACCGUCCCCAUGUCGGCCUCUCAAAGUCGACCUGGAGAUGGACGCCCAAGCUUCUCUGUACUUGAUGUAACUCUCAGGGAAGCAGGCAGCAGGAACUGAAACCAAGAAAAUAGCGGUUAGUUAUCACCGUCCAGCAGUGUCGGAUGUGAUGUGGUUUUGUGAGACGUGUUCUUCAAGCACAAAGUGACACCCAAGACGCACACGGAUGUCAAGGAAUGUCAUAGUCAGUGGUUCCCUGUGAAUACUCGGGAGGAUCUACACACAUAAAGACCUUUACAGUGGUGCAAAAUCACA